AUGCUGGAUGGUCAGCCCAACGAUACCGACCCGACCGCUCCGUCCGAGGCGGAGGAAGCCGCACUGUGUGCUGCUGCAACAACCGCGCUGGCGGCUGUGACGGGCGAUUAUGAUCCGGCGAGGGACGCCGCAAUUAGCCUCGAGUUGCUGCCGAAGGUGGUUGAAGGGUUGGAGAGCAAAUUUCCGGAGCUCGCGCUUGGCUGUUUGAAAUGCUUGAGAAGCUUGAGUAAAAGCGUCAAAGUUGUGCGGAGGGAUAUGUCUAAUGAGAGGGUGGCAGGAGUUCUGUUGCGGUUGAUGCAAAAUGACGAACGGGAGGUGUCAAAAAUUGCGAGCGCCACGCUUUGCAAUUUGGUGCUCGAGUUUUCACCAAUUCGCGUUGCGAUUCUAGAGCGGGGGGCGACGAAGAUGCUCGUGGACUUGAUACGAUCGGAGGAUGAAGAGCUAAGGGAUAAUGCCUUGUGGGCGCUGAAGAAUUUGUUUUUCAAAGCAGAUGCCGAGACGAAAAAUGUAGUCAUGGCCGCGCUGGGUUACGAUAGCUUGCAGACGCUGUGUGCGGACAAGAACCCGCGCGUACGUGAGCUCGCGAUGGCCGUGAUUCGCAACUUGGCGUGCUCUGGGUCGGCCGAGCAGCAGUCCAAGCAACUGGAUGCGUUGUUUGCGAAUACUGGGGAUCGUCUUAUCAAGCUGCUUUCCGACGCGCUUCGUGCAGAUAUCGACAACCUGCAAGUCGCUGUGCAGGCCAUGUAUGUUGUGUGUAAUAUCGCAUCUGGGACAGAAGAGCACAAGGCAUCGCUAAUCAACUCGGACAUUCCGCAGCUCCUUCUGUGGUGGUCAUCGCAUGCAGACGAGAAAGCACGUAUCGCAGCCGUAUGGUGCACGACCAAUUUGUCCGGGAAAAGCAGGUCGAUCAAGUCGCGGCGGCCUUCAUGGCUGAUGAGGAGCCCUCCCAUCUCGGGUCGAAACCAGCGGGGCAUGCUGGGCAUGCUCAGGAGACAGCACUUACCGCUUCCCACGUCACCAGCCGCGCGAAGGCAUCUGGAAACUUUGGACGCUUCGGACAUUCCAGGCCGCCGUUCUACCUCCAACGCGCAGGCGACCAGGGCGUCCCGCGAGAACCGGUCAAGGGGGAAUGCAGACAUGGACACUUCAGGAUCCGGUGUGGGACCGAAUGAGGGCGAGGAGGACGCAGUGAUGUCGUGCGCACCGGACGAGACGACAGCUAGCGACUCCGGAUAUGCGUGGCGAAUCGGGCGGUUACGGGAGCUGGGCUUUGAGUGUCGGCUACGGACUCUUCUCAAUGAUCCGCAUAUCGAAGUGCAGGGCAGGGCAAGAGCUGCGCUUGAAUUGUUUGAUGAUAGCGACGGGCAGCAACUCGACUAUGAUCCAACAGCGUUACAGGACUACAAUACGACAGUUGGGACUCAAGCGCCGCGAUCGCCACCUGUUUUGUCGGGGGUUGUGGAGAGCGAUAGCUCAUCGCCAACGUCAUCGAGGUAAUUGGAUGCUGGGGAACUACGUAAAAAUGACUAAUUUAAGAGAUGAU